AUCUCUGUAAUAGUGGUCGGUCCGCACAUCGCGUUGUAAAUCCCAGUACAUCAACCAUGUCGGAAAGAGAUGAUAACGUAUACAAAGCCAAACUGGCGGAACAGGCUGAAAGAUAUGACGAGAUGGUGGAGGCCAUGAAGAAAGUGGCAUCACUAGACGUGGAGUUAACUGUUGAAGAACGAAAUCUCCUGUCAGUCGCCUACAAGAAUGUAAUUGGGGCACGGCGUGCAAGCUGGAGGAUAAUAAGCUCUAUUGAGCAGAAGGAGGAAAACAAAGGAGCAGAAGAAAAGCUUGAAAUGAUUAGAGGAUAUAGAUCACAGGUGGAGAAAGAGUUAAAAGAUAUAUGCUCUGAUAUCUUGGGAGUUUUGGAUAAACAUCUGAUUCCCUGUGCAUCCACAGGGGAGAGUAAAGUUUUCUACUACAAAAUGAAGGGAGAUUACCAUCGAUAUCUUGCAGAAUUUGCCACGGGUAAUGACAGGAAGGAAGCUGCCGAAAACUCCCUCGUUGCCUAUAAGGCAGCCAGUGAUAUUGCAAUGACAGAACUACCACCUACCCACCCUAUUAGGUUGGGCUUGGCACUGAAUUUUUCUGUAUUCUACUAUGAGAUUUUGAACUCGCCUGAAAGAGCCUGCAGGCUAGCAAAAGCAGCAUUUGAUGAUGCGAUUGCAGAGCUUGAUACUCUCAGUGAAGAAAGCUACAAAGACUCAACACUAAUCAUGCAACUUCUGAGAGACAACCUGACGCUGUGGACAUCUGACAUGCAAGGCGACGGUGAAACAGAGCAGAAAGAACAACUGCAAGAUGUAGAAGAUCAGGAUGUGUCGUAACUUUUGUGCCAUAAAUUCUUAAUUACAUCAAAGAAAAGUUUAAAAACAUCUUAACUCUGAACAUCUUCAUCUUGUUUUUCUGUGGUCAAAACCAAAAUCGAAUGGCUAAGUGAUAAUGGACACAUGGCAAAACUUAAUGUAAACAGAUGUUGUGUGGGGAGGUUGUAAGAAUCAACUGCUCUACCGGAACGCCCAGCAAAUCAAGACGGAGGGUGGGGAUGAAGAUGAAGAGUAGUCAUAUGACAAAUCUCACUGCUAUAAUUUUGCAACUAAUACACUGUUACAGAAGAGAAUACGACUUUUUUCUAUGUCUGUGCGGCAGAAAUCAUAUUUAGAAUCGAGCCAUUGCUAUGUAUAACAUUUAUCUGUAUCACAGUAUUAAUAGGCAUGUAAAAAGUAAUUUAAAACUAAGAAUGUGGAAUGGUUUUGUAUACAAAAUUACUUUCAGGGUAUACUUAUCAGUGGUGCCUCAUUUAUAGUUAGGAGAGGCAACUCCAGCAAACAGUGUUCCACCUUCUUAGUGUCGUCUUCAUAGCUCAUUGCCAGUGCAGGUUUGUUUUGUAUUCAAUUCCUAGUUAUCAUUCCAAAAGAUUUGCAUUUUGUUUGUAUUGAGAGUAUUAAAGUAAUGGCCUCUGUUUUACAUUUACCCUGUGUAUUAGACAAAAAGUGUGUAUUAAUGUAAUUAUUUAUUGGUACUUAACGCCUACUUUUUUCCAGCCACGAAUCCCAUAAUAGUAGUUAGUGGGACGGUAGCGUAGACUGAUCUUGUCCUUAACACUUUCUCCUCAUCCUUGCCCCAACCUGGCACAUCCUGUUCAAUGAAAGCUGAAACCAUUUGCAGUUGGUCCUUGGCUUGUUCUAUAAAGGAUAUCUUCUGAAAUGGGUGUGACUGCCUGAUAGCAAUACAAGAAGCAGAAAGAUUUUCUUCUUAAACUUUGUAUUUAACAUGCUAUAUGUAGUACACCUACUAGAUAAAGCUAUGGAAAUGCAAUGAAAAAAAUAAACGGAACUGAUUUAAUCCCUUGUGCUGUAGAGUUGUGAUAUUUUUUGUCACCCUGAUGGAAGCUCCUGUAGUAUCAGCAUUUGUGAUUUGUACUGAGGCUUCCUACCUACAUCACAGUCUUCCUUCAGGGUGAUGCUUACUGCCGAAGGUAGCUGUAAGUCAUAUGAGUGCCACGGUGGGCAGUGAUAAACAUCUGUAUGCUGUAACAGUAGUGUUCAUUUUGUGUUGGUGUCUUCAGUUUUGAGUUGGCUCAUGUACUUCAAGAAGUGGUGUUCAGCAUUUCAUGCUAAACUGUUAGAUUUGUUUGUCAUGAGUGUGACAUGUAUUUAAGUGUGCAGAUUUUUUUGCCCUGUCUGUUUAAUCUUAGUUACAAAAUUGUGUGUAUGCAUCUGCAAGAAAGUGGAGAGAGUUUGUGUAGUGCUUCUGUACCAGUAUUUUUGUUUUGAUUUACUUAAUUUAAAAAUGCCAUAAUUUUAUUGUGGUCCAUAUUGACUUUAAAUUUGUUGAUUUUGAUCCAGCUGAAUGCCACUGCUGUGAGGUAAAACUGUAACACUGCUUUGGACUUGCAAACAGUGCAUUGGAAAAUUUGUGUCCUGCAAUGAAACACGAGUAAAUACCUGUUGUUUCAUAGCCAUUGUACUUGCACAUUAUUAUUUUGGCUUUAUUUAAUGUACAAAACUGUUAAAAGUGCAUUUUUAUCUGUUAUAAAUAUGAAUAUUUUUCCGUGGAAGCAAUUGUCUUGAAUGUUAUUUAAAAGCUACAUUUGUAUUUGUCUAGUUUAUACAAAUAUAUUCAUUCUAGUGAA